AUGCCUCCGCCGGUGACACCAUCUCCCUUCCGCCUGUCCCGCCGCCAACCUCCGACGCGCCGCAGUGCCGGGCCCCAGUUUGCCAACUCGCCUCGGUUUCUCUUAUCACAAUCGACACCCCAAAAGGGCAGGAAUAAUAUUGAGAUUAUCGAUGAUGACGAUGCGCCGCCGUCGACUGCGCCUGUCACGCGCAUCCCGGCUCAAUCACGACAUGAACCACGAUGUACUGGUACUCAGCCGCGCCGGCGACAGGACGUGAUUGAGGACUCGGAUGACGACGAGUGGCUGGGCAAUGCAGAUACCCGUGACAACGGGGUCAAUGAGUUGGCAGACGACUCCAUUGAUAGCUCUCCGCCUAUUGACCCUGGUACACCCGGACCCUUGGACGCCGAGUUUGACGCGCUCUUCGCGCCAACUCGAGACGGUAACAAACGGCAGCGGCUCUCUGCAGGUGGGACUCAGAGUCAGGGCCAACAUUUGCAACACACCAUCGAGGAGAGACACUCAUCCUCUCCCGAGCCGCAAGGCCCAACAUUCGAUGCCUUCCAAACGCCAGCCCCUCGGUUGGCACAGCGUCCAGCGGCGCAGGACGUGGGCACCCAAGCAACCCCAGGCACGUCCGUGAAGCCUUGGGCGCCACCGACAGGUACACCGGGGAGCACACAAACGCCAUUUCGCAGUCGCCCACGAUUUAUGCUCUCAACGCAAAAGCCACGCAGCAGUCAACCCGCAUUCAGAGCGGAGACACCAGCAGCAACCCAACCUACCUCGCCGCAGGAGAGACGUAAGCCUGCUUUUGUACUUCCUCGUUCACCCUCGCCUAAUGCUGCUUUGGAGGAUAUACCAGCGCCGUUCUCACCUUCCUCGAGAACGCUCCAUCGGCGCGGGAAAAAUCGCUCUGGCGUUGCGGGCUAUGCCCCCGGCGGUAUGGCUGCCGAGGUGCGCAGUUGGAUCCUUGAGAUGGGAUCUAAGCGUGAGCAAGUUCCCUUGAACGAGGCUGUUGGAACGCCGGGGGAACGUUCCCCGGAUCUUGGUCGGUACCUCGUGGCUGCUCGCGUGCUCCAGGUCAGACCUGCAGUGCUGAGUAGCUCUGGCGCGCUCUCGUUUGUCAGAGCUGAGAAGGUGACCUUGGCACAGACUGAAGACGAGGAGGGGAAAGAGAUUAUUAAUAUAAUGAUCAUGGGGCCUUCACGAUCUAGACCUCAAUCCCAUGGAGACUCGCGGACCAAUGCGCAGCGAACAGGGUUUAUACAUGAAGGGGAUUUAGUGGGAAUUCAUCGGGGUCUCGCAUGGCACGUCACGUUUGACGAGUAUCAGGCCCUAGUCACUGCCAAUGAACUACAGGCAGAACCACCUCAAGACGGUCAAUUUAGCAAUUUGGAGCAGUGGUUGAUUGCUAUGGAAUGGGACCUUGUCGAGGAAGCCACCUAG